AUGACGAGCGUCGAUGAGCUCUUCAAAAAGCCACAAUUAGCUGGCAGCUCCAAGCGCAAGUUUGAGCCCGUUCAGGACCCUAAUGAGCUUUACAAAGCAGCAAAGCUGGAUUCCAAUGGCGAUGUGAGGUCAAAGGGCCAGGCGGCCAUGGUGGACGAUGAGAUUGACGAUAACGACGGCGAGGCUGGGCCCGAGUUACCCCCCGACUUCGACGAAGAUAUACCCGACGACGAGGAGGGCCGCUUUUUUGGUGGAGGCAUGGAGCAGAAGACUGCCCAGGCUAUGCAAUACAUUGAUCAGAAUGAGGAGGAAGAAGCUGCACCCGAGAAAUUUGAUGCCGCCUGGGUUCGCCGUUUCGCUCUGAACUUCGAGAAAAAAAUAUCCAAGAACGCUGAGCUCCGCGCCAAGUUUGAGAAUGACCCGCAGAAGUUCAUGGUCUCCGAGGCUGACCUCGACACCGAGAUUAAGGGGUUGUCCAUUCUGUCGGAGAAUCCCGAGCUCUACGAAGAAUUCUCCAAGAUGGGAUGUGUCGGCUCUUUGGUCUCGCUACUCUCUCAUGAGAACGCGGAUAUUGCGAUCGACACUAUCCAAAUAAUCAGCGAGCUAACGGAUGAAGACGUUGAGGCUGAACAGAAGCAGUGGGAUAUCCUGGUCGAUGCAAUGAUGAAUGCCGACCUCAUCGAACUGUUGACCCAAAAUCUCUCCCGUUUAGACGAAGGUGCAGAGACCGACAGGGCUGGUGUUUACUAUAUCUUAAAUGUUCUGGAAAACCUAUCCUCCCAGUCCGCGCUCGCAGAGAAGAUUGGACAAGAUGCUGCUAUCUUGCCUUGGAUUUUGUCACGUAUCCAGCAGACGGAAACCCCGGUGACCCAGAACAAGCAGUAUGCUGCAGAGAUCCUGGCAAUCCUUCUGCAGUCCUCCUCGAAGAACCGGGAGAAGUUCAUUGGACUUGAUGGCGUCGAUUCCCUCCUCCAACUUCUCAGCCAGUACCGGAAACGCGAUCCGGCGAAGGAUUCAAACGAAGAAGAAUAUGUGGAGAACUUGUUUGACUCUCUGGUUUGCCUUGUGGACGAGGAGACCGGCAAGGAGAAGUUUAUCGAGGCGGAGGGCAUUGAAUUAGCCCAAAUAAUGCUCAGGGAGAGUAAAUUCAGCAAGCCCAGGGCUCUUAGAGUUCUCGACCAUGUUUUCGGUGGCGCUGGGGGAGGUCCAGCUUGCGAGCGGCUGAUUGAGGUAGCUGGGUUGAGAACAAUCUUCGGAAUGUUCAUGAAAAAGCAAGAGGGCCAGAACAUCGAGCACCUGCUGGGAAUCUUUGCUUCCCUUCUUCGCCUCCUGCCCGGUGGUUCCGCUCCGCGUAUCCGAACGCUGGCCAAGUUCAUGGAGAAGGACUACGAGAAGAUCGAGAAACUCAUCAAGCUGAGACGGGAGUAUGCCGCACGUGUAUCUCCCAUCGAGCAGACGAUCGAGAAGGAGCGGAAAGGGCUUUCGCAAGAGGAUCAGGAUCUUAUGGCUGGCGAGUGGUUAUCACGCCGGUUCGACGCGGGGCUUUUCUCCUUGCAGACUAUUGAUGUAAUUUUGGCAUGGCUGAUUGCCGAAGACGAUGGCGCGAAGAAAAAAGUUGUUUCUCUUCUGGGAGACCGAGAUGAGGAUCUAUCUCUGGUUCGGGGCACUCUCCAAGAACAAUUGGAAGGGCUCGGAGACGAGGAGCAGGGACAGAAGGAUUUUAAGGACAUGCUAAGCACUUUGCUGCAGUUUGUCUGA